AUGGCAUCACCGUCACUCGUCGACACUGCGACUGAGAUCUUGGAAGCCGCCAAAAUCCUCCAGCAAGGUAUGGAUGCAAAAUCUCUCCCUCAGCCCUCAUUUGAAGCCACGGGUCGCAGAGACUAUCACGAUGCCUCAGAAUAUCCCGAGAUCGUCAAGGCUCGAGCUCGACUUAUCGAUGCAAGCCAGUCAAUGACCGCCCUUGCUCGCGGGCCGACCGAGACGCUCCGAGCACUAGUCAGCACUGACCGAACGAAUCUCGUGGUGCUGGGGGCAAUUGAUCAACUGAAACUUGCUGAAGCAGUACCCAUUGAUGCACCCAUCGCCGUGGAGGCGUUGGCAUCGAAUCUUCGGCUUCAUAGUGCGCCUUUGCAACGGAUCCUGUGGUAUGCCUACAGCAUCCAUAUGUUCUGCGAACCGAAGCGUGGUUACGUUGCCCACACAGCGCUAUCUGCUGCCAUUCCGUCUUUCUCACCAUACACCCAACUCAUGCUUUCUCGCCCUGUGGCACUGGGUAGUAUGAAAGUGGGGGACAGCCUUCGUGUUGGUUCAGGCGGAGGCAAAGCCAACGAGCCCGUGGCCCCUGUUCUUUUGGCUUUCCCACAGCACAAGAACUAUUGGCACAUACUUCAAGAGGAACUAGACGGAAUGGCAAAGUUCGGCGCCUCGAUGAGGGCUGUUGGGCAGGCUAUUGUAGGCCCCAAAUACACACUAUAUACGCAGGGCUUUGACUGGGGAGCUCUCGGCAAAGCGGUCGUCGUCGACCUUGGCGGGGGCAACGGCCACAUCACGAUCUCCAUUGCCCAGGCGCAUCCAAAUCUCCAGGUCAUUGUUCAGGAUCUGGACACCAAUGCAAAGCAAGCCAAAGCGGCCAUACCCAACGAGCUUCAAAACCGGGUGACAUUCCAAGCUCAGGAUUUCUUCAAGCCUCAGCCUGCCAGUUUGGUCGAGUCGCCGCCAAAAGCGUACUUUAUUAGCAGAGUCCUGCACGACUGGUCGGAUGGCGACUGUGCGAGGAUCGUCAAGAACUUGGUCCCAGUCAUGGACAAGGGCAGGACGAAACUUUUUGUCGUCGACCGCGUCCUGCCAGAUAAACCCGGCGAGAUCCCGUUGCACCUGGAGGCACUGAUGCGGAGCAUGGAUCUUCUCAUGUACAAUGUCCUAGGCGGCAAGGAACGAAGCUUGGAGCAAUGGAAGGCGAUGUUCAAGCAGGCAGACGAGAGAUUGAAGAUUGCGAGAAUCGAGAUUCCGCAUAACUCGGACUUGGCUAUGUUGGAGGUGGAGCUGGAGUAA